AUGGGUUGUUUCGGAAGCAAAGAUAAGUUGAGCAAAGAAGACAUGGAUUUUCUUAAAUCACACACAAGAUAUGACGAAGCAACUAUAAAAGAAUGGUAUAAAGGAUUUAAACAAGAUUGUCCAAAUGGUAGAUUAACGCCAGCAAAAUUUGUCGACAUGUACAAAAUGUUCUUCCCGUCUGGCAAUGCAGAAGAAUUCUGCGAUCACGUCUUCCGUACAUUCGAUAUGGACAAAAAUGGCUACAUCGAUUUCAAGGAAUUUUUAUUGGCCAUCGAUGUAACGUCUAGCGGGACGCCAGAAGAAAAACUGAAAUGGGCUUUCCGUAUGUAUGAUGUUGAUGGAAAUGGCGUCAUUGAUAUCCAGGAAAUGACUAAGAUCGUUCAGGCAAUAUACGACAUGCUCGGAGCAUGCUCGAGCAACAGACCGGCAGAUAGCGCAGAAGAGAGAGCGAAGAACAUUUUCGCAAGAAUGGACGAAAAUAAUGACGGUCAACUUACCGAGGAGGAAUUUUUGAAAGGUUGCCUUCAAGACGAGGAACUUUCAAAAAUGCUGGCCCCUUAAUUCCCGUGUUUCAUUUCGGGAUCGAUUACGAAUAGUACACUAUUGUCAAAAAACGUUCGUAAAAUACCAACCGACCGAGCAACAGCGAUGAAAGCAAUUUCAGAUACAUUUGUCUUUCAUAUGAAUCGUUCUUGUUAUAAAAUUAUGCACACAUAUACAGACGCGCGUAUGCGUGCGCGCGCACACACAUGCAUACACGCACAAACACACGAACACACUACGUCAUUGCAAUGGUUAAUACGAAAACUUAAUAGAACGCCUAUAAUUCCCAGAUGCUAUUGGCAAGAACAAUAACCAAAAUCGUUGUCUUUCUACGCUCUAAU